AUGGAUGGUGAUCCUCCCCCGUUCCCCCCGGAUCCCGGUGAUCCUAUGAAUACUGAUAUACAAUUAUCCUCGUCUGCCAACCUGGAAGCUCAAAACGUAUCGCAUGGGGUUGAUGGGGAUGAUGGGGAUGAUAGGGGUGAUGGGGAUGAAGGGAGUGAUGGAGAUGAUGGAGGUGAUGGGGAUGACGUGGAUGAAGGGGGUGAUGGGGAUGAUGGGGGUGAUGGGGAUGAUGGAGAUGAUGGGGGGGUUGAUGGGGAUGAUGGGGGUGAUGGGGAUGAAGGGGCUGAUGGAGAUGAUAGAGAUGAUGGGGGUGAUGGGGAUGAUGGAGAUGAUGCGGGUGAUGGGGAUGAAGGGGCUGAUGGAGAUGAUGGGGCUGAUGGGGAUGAA